GGCACCCUGCCCGCCCCCCUCCGCGAUGAGCUCGGCGGACGCCGCGGACUCCCUGCCCGCGGGGACUUCUGUGAGCAGCCUCCAUGAGGCCCUGGACCAGUGCAUGAUCGCCCUGGACCUCUUCCUCACCAACCAGUUCUCAGAAGCACUCAGCUACCUCAAGCCCAGAACCAAGGAGAGCAUGUAUCACUCGCUGACGUAUGCCACCAUCCUGGAGAUGCAGGCCAUGAUGACUUUUGACCCUCAGGACAUCCUUCUGGCUGGCAACAUGAUGAAGGAGGCACAGGCGCUGUGUCAGAGGCACCGGAAGAAGUCCUCUGUAACAGAUUCCUUUAGCAACCUGGUUCACCGCCCCACGAUGGACCAGUUCACAGAAGAGGAAAUCCAUGCUGAGGUCUGCUAUGCGGAGUGCCUGCUACAGAGAGCAGCUCUGACCUUCCUGCAGGAUGAGAACAUGGUGAGCUUCAUCAAGGGCGGCAUCAAAGUUCGAAACAGCUACCAGACCUACAAGGAGCUGGACAGCCUUGUGCAGUCCUCACAUUACUGCAAGGGAGAGAACCACAGACACUUUGAAGGAGGUGUGAAGCUUGGUGUGGGAGCCUUCAACCUGACGCUGUCCAUGCUUCCUAACAGGAUCCUGCGGCUGUUGGAGUUUGUGGGAUUUUCAGGAAACAAGGACUACGGGCUGCUGCAGCUGGAGGAGGGCGCCUCAGGGCACAGCUUCCGCGCUGUGCUCUGUGUCAUGCUGCUGCUCUGCUACCACACCUUCCUCACCUUCGUGCUCGGUACCGGGAACGUCAACAUCGAGGAAGCAGAGAAGCUCUUGAAGCCCUACCUGAAGCGAUAUCCUAAGGGUGCCAUCUUCCUGUUCUUCGCGGGGCGGAUUGAAGCCAUUAAGGGCAAUGUUGACACAGCCAUCCAGCGGUUCGAGGAGUGCUGUGAGGCCCAGCAGCACUGGAAGCAGUUCCACCACAUGUGCUACUGGGAGCUGAUGUGGUGCUUCACGUACAAGGGCCAGUGGAAGAUGGCCUACUUCUAUGCCGACCUGCUCAGCAAGGAGAACUCCUGGUCCAAGGCCACCUACAUAUACAUGAAGGCCGCCUACCUCAGCAUGUUUGGAAAAGAGGAUUACAAGCCGUUUGGGGAUGAUGAAGUGGAGUUGUUCAGAGCAGUGCCUGGCCUGAAGCUCAAGAUUGCGGGGAAAUCUCUACCUACAGAGAAGUUUGCUAUCCGGAAGUCCAGACGCUACCUCUCCCCCAAACCGAUCUCGUUGCCAAUCCCUGCUCUGGAAAUGAUGUACAUUUGGAAUGGCUAUGCUGUGAUUGGGAAGCAGCCGGAACUCACAGACGGGAUACUUGGGAUUAUCACCAAGGCUGAAGAGAUGCUGAAAAAGGGCCCAGAGAAUGAGUACUCAGUGGAUGAUGAGUGUUUGGUGAAGUUGCUGAAAGGCCUCUGUCUGAAAUACCUAGGCCGUGUCCAGGAAGCUGAGGAGAAUUUCAGGAGCAUCUCUUUCAAUGAAAAGAAGAUUAAAUAUGAUCACUACUUGAUACCAAAUGCCCUGCUGGAGCUGGCCCUACUGUUUAUGGAGCAAGGCAGAAAUGAAGAGGCUGUCAAACUCUUGGAAACUGCCAAGCAAAACUACAAGAAUUACUCCAUGGAGUCAAGGACACAUUUUAGAAUCCAGGCAGCCAUACUCCAAGCCAAGUCUUCCCUAGAGAAUGGCAACAGAUCCAUGGUCUCACCAGUGUCCUUGUAGUUUUCUGCAGCACUCCAGGCUGGAAGACAGAAACAGCUGGACAGAGCUCCUGGAAACAUUUCAAAAAGAUCCCCUCCCCUGCCCUGCCUUUGGGGUCCACCGGUGCUCCAGUGGGAUAGCAUGACAUAGGUAUUCAUGCAGAAGGGAAGCCGGCAUUUUCACCAGUGUGGCCAAGGGCCUUUACCAAGGACGGAGCAGGUGGAGUCCUCUGCCUGCCCUGUCACACAUACGGGUACUUGUUUUUCACUGUGAUGUUUAAGAGAAUGUAUGACCAGUUUACAUUUUCCUUAGAAAUAUUAAUGGGAUCACAGUUGGCUUUAAAAAAACAAAAAACAAAAAAACCCACUACCUGUAAAUCUUUGUUUUAACCCAUACUAAUCUGGAGGUAAAUCUAUAUAUGAUGCUUUUCAAAAUUCAGCAAUGUCUCAGCUUCCAGGGCCAGAAGGACCAUUAAGGCUUCUGAAGGUUGGGCAUAGAUGUUGCACACUGACACCCACUACCUUACUUCUUACACUUCAUUUUCACUCCCUUAGUAACUUUCCAAUUUAAAAAAUGAAAUGAAAAUUAUUUCACUAAAAAGACAUGUGAAUCCAUCUGUAGGGAAAAAAAAAUCUUUACCAGUAAGGAAUGGGAGUUGCUGAGGCCUGACAGAAGGGGAGCUGUGUGGCCCUUUCUGUGCUAAAGCCAAGAAGUUGGUCGGGGGAGGUUCUCAGACACCAAUCUGCAUCCUCACUGUAUGCCAAACAAACAGCUGGGAAUAAUUUACAAAACAAAAAUCUUCUGUACUUCACUACGAGGUACAUUCAUUUACUGACAGCAUUUGUCUUAGAAUGGUUAUUCCUGGCCCGUUGUGUAUGUUUUAGAUUUUUCAGUUAAGAGAGAUAUUUAAUAAAACUUAUACAUUUAAAAGAUCAUGCAACAUCUAUUUCAGUAAAAUAUGUGUUGCCUGAAUUCUUGGGCAAGGCAGAAAAGUCUGGACCAGAAGCCAUAUGGCCCAGGUAUGUUUUAUUUAGACAACACAAUGCCUUAAAUGUUU